AUGUCUGUAUACCCUUUAUACAAAGAGAUCUUUCCGCCGACAAGCGUUGAAGAAGUAGUGUGCGCCAAUUUUACCUCGUAUAACGAUGUAAAUGUAAUAGUUGCACGAACAUCGUUUUUGCAGAUUUAUAAAUUUGUCGAAAUUGAAACUACAGUGGAGGAUGAUUUGAAUGGGGAAGAUGAUAAUAGCCUACUACAAGGUUACGAUAAAGAUGACGAUCAGAAUUUUCCCAUUCCAACCUUAAAGCCGGCUAAAAGCCCUUUAACCAUGAUCGGUCACCUUGAACUUGUUGCACAAUAUAAACUUCAUGGUAAUAUAACAUCAAUGGGGGUUGUGCGAACGAUUUCAGCUGGAGCCAAUGGUAUGGAUAGUUUAUUAUUAACUUUCAAGGAUGCAAAGAUGUCACUUUUAGAAUAUUCGUUAGCAACAAAUAGUAUUGUAACUGUAUCUAUUCAUUAUUAUGAACGUGAGGAAUUUAAGUUAGAAUUCCUUUCAAAUACGCAUCCUACGGAGUUAAGAGUAGAUCCGUUCAAUAGGUGUGCCGUCAUGAAUUUUUUUGAUGACAAAUUGGCAAUUCUUCCAUUUCGUCAAGAAGUUUCUUCACAUCUGGAUAAAGAAGAAAUGGCAAGAAAGUGGCCGUAUUUACCAAGUUUUGUUAUAGAACUUUCUUCUAUUCAACCACGAAUCAAAAACGUUAUCGACAUGAGAUUUUUACAUGAUUUUUAUGAACCUACUUUGGCUAUACUUUUUGAACCAUGUCAGACUUGGCCAGGAAAGUUAAAUUCGACUAAAGACUCUUGUUCACUUGUUGUGGUUUCAUUAUUAAUUUCACAGAAAGCAUAUCCAAUCAUUCAAUCAAUGGAUAAUUUGCCUCAUUCUUGCGUGAAAUUAAUUUCAAUUCCAAAACCUGUUGGAGGUAUCCUCAUUAUAUCAGCCAAUGCAAUUAUACAUGUGAACCAAAGUUCUAAAGGGAUAGGAGUUGCUGUUAAUGGAUACGCAUCUUCAACAACUGAUUUUUCACUUGAUCAUUCAUUUGAACAUCUUGGACUUGCAUUAGAAGGAUUAUAUCAUGUUUUUCUAGAUUCAGAUGAAAUUUUAUUUAUUUUGCGUAAUGGCGAUCUAUAUAUUGUGAAAUUAAUAAUUGAAGAACGAUCACUAACAAAAAUUGAAUUAAAGAAAGUUGGUACCAGUACGCUUCCUUCUUGUUCUUGUCUAGUAGCAAAUGGAUAUUUCUUUGUAGGGUCACGUUUAGGUGAUUCAUAUUUUAUUAAAUAUACAAAGACUAAUACUGAACAUAAAACAAAUAGUAUGAUAAAUGGCUUCGAUAAUAAGACAAGAAAAAACACUUCGGAUUCCGAUGCAGACGCAAUAAACAAUACGAAUAAUACGAACAACAUGAAUAAUGCAAAUAAUGCAGAUGAUGCAAAUAAUUCGAAUAAUACGAAUAAUGCAAAUUCUUCAGAUGGAGGUAACAAAGCAGAAGUAAAAAAGUCAACAAUUUCUGAUUACCAAUUUACAAUAUGCAACACCAUCACCAAUGUUGGACCGAUUGUAGAUAUGGCAUAUGGGGAAUUGGCAUUUUCUGAAGAAGAAGCACAUUUACAUAGCGUACAUAAAAAUCUUGAAUUAGUUUCAUGUUCCGGAUAUGGUUCAGCCUCAUCUUUAUGUAUAUUUCAUCGUAACAUAAAUCCUACAUUAUCCAAUUCUUUUACAAUGAAAGAUUGUAUAAAUAUGUGGGCAGUAUCUUGUCGAAGUAAUAUAUUUCGAAGCAUAAAUCUUAAUGUUGCAGGUUUGACAAAUAAUACAUUUAACGGAAACACAGAAGAUUACGAUAAAUUUUUAUUUAUUUCGAAAAAAAAUAGAACAAUGGUAAUGGUUCUUGCUUGCGGUGAAGAAUUACAAGAACUCGAAAAUUCCGAUUUCUAUACGGAAGGACCUACCUUGGCCGUGGGAACAUUAUUAAACGGAACACGUAUUCUCCAAGUUUAUGCUUAUGGCAUCCGACUUUUCGAUCAAGAUGGGAAGCUUGUACAAAUAAUACAAAAUGAUAUUGUUCUUGAAAAGGAUCAAAUUGUGUUCGCGAAUAUUGUAGAUCCAUAUGUGUUGUUAUUAUUUGAUAACGACAACAUAAAUUUGAUGAAAAUCGAAGAUGACAAGUCAAAACUCGAGUUUCACCCACCACCAUCGCAAAUUAAUGAAAUUCCAACUAAAUCAUGCUGUAUUUAUCGAGAUGAUACAAAUAUUUUUGCAUUUGUUAAGGAUGUAGCGCAUGACUUCUCAAAUAUUAAAGAUCAAUUUAAAAAUAAUCAAAAAAGGAAUUUGCCAGAAAAGCCUCAAUCUCCAGGAUCUGAACAAGAUGACCUUCAUGAUGACAUAGAUGAAACUUCUAAAAAGGAUACCCAAAAUAUUGAAAUGGAUAUAGAUGAUAAAGAAGAUUCUGAUAAGCCAUCAGAAGAAGAUAAAAUAAUUAGCGAUGAAAUGUUAACUGGAAUUAUCGAAAACCCGAAAAAAGAAAGUUAUUGGUGCGUGUUGUAUCGAUUAGAUGGUUCAUUGGAGCUUCCAGAGUUCGAAGAAGUUUUUCAUUUUCCACACUUUUAUUUGUCACCAGCUGUUCUUGCAGAUUUUAAAACGCGACAAAAUGUGAAAUCUUCAGGCCAAACAGUAGAGAUUCAAGAAAUUUUAUUGAUAAACAUUGGUCAACCCAAUAAAUACCCUUACCUAAUUGCACAUACUAAUGUGGGCGACAUUAUAAUAUAUAAAGCCUUUCGAUAUAUUCCUGGAAUUGACGUUACAGAUCCUUUCCAAAAGUCACAAAUCCAAUAUGAAUCGGAUAACCGACUCGCCAUUCGGUUUUCGCGCGUUUCACAUGAAUACAUUUCACGUGAAACCAUAUAUAGUGACAUUCACGACAAACCUGUAUCAAGAAAAUCAACCCAAGACCUAAAUAAUGAAGAAUUAAAUAUAUCGGAUAAUGAUGUUGAAAGAUACAGAGUCUUGCUUAGACAUACGAAAAGAAGGUUAAUCCCUUUCACUAAUAUUUCAGGAUUUUCUGGAAUAUUUGUGACAGGUGUAAAACCUCUUUGGUUAAUUUGUGCAGAUAAUAAUUAUUUGAGAGUUCAUCCAAUGAAUGCAGAUGGUGAAAUACAUAGUUUUACUCAAUUUCAUAAUGUUCAUUGUGUUCACGGAUUUCUAUAUACCAAUAAUGAAGAUCUUUGUAGAUUAUCCGAAUUGCCAAAAGAUUUUAAAUAUCAUAUGGAGUGGCCCGUAAAAAAAAUACCGCUAGGUAGAUCCGUUCAUGGGAUCGAAUAUCAUCCAGAAAUGCAAGUAUAUGCUUUACUUACAUCAUCUCCAGUUGAUUUUAUAUUACUUGAUGAUAAUGGUGAAUCUGUUGAAACGGAGCAAGAUAGCGCAUUUUUUCUACCAGAAACACAAAAAUUUGUUCUUGAAUUGAUAUCUCCUAUUACUUGGGAGACUGUGGACAGGCAUGAAUUUCAAGAUGAUGAACAAGGAUUAUGUAUAAAAUGCGUUAGUCUUCAAACAAAAUCGACAUCAAGCGGUCGUAAAUCUUUCAUUGCAAUUGGCACAGGCUUUUUCCGAGGAGAGGAUGUGGGAAUGAGAGGAAAUGUUUAUAUAUUUGAAAUAAUUGAAGUUGUACCAGAACCCGAUAAUCCACAAACAAAUCAUAAAUAUAAGUUGUUAUGCCACGAAGAGGUUAAAGGUUCCGUAACAGCGAUUUGUGAUGUCAAUGGAUACCUAUUGACGUGCGUCGGCCCAAAGAUAUUUAUACGAGCAUUUGAAGACAACGAUCGACUUAUAAGUGUAGCUUUCAUUGACAUUCAAAUUUAUGCCAAUAGUGUCGUAUCAAUUAAAGAUUAUAUACUUUUAGGAGAUGUUUAUAAAAGUGUUUGGUUCCUCGGUUUUCAGGAGGAGCCCGCCAAACUAGUUUUAGUUGGCAAAGACUAUCACGCUUUGGAUGUUUCGUGCUCAAGUUUUAUAAUUGAUGAACCCGUAUUAUAUUUCGUCGUUGCUGAUAUGGAUAGAAAUAUUCACUUGUUUCAAUACUCUCCAUAUAAUGUACAGUCAUUCGCUGGUCAGAAGCUUAUACGCCGAGGUGACUUUCAUAUUGGUGGACAAAUUAAAACUAUUAUAUCAUUGCCAAAGAAAGAGUUGAUUAGAAAGGAUUUCUCUUUCGACCAAAGCACUCCCUCAAGAUGGAUGGAGGAAGAGAAUAACGGAUAUAAACAACUAUGUUUGUGUGGAACUCUCGAUGGAAGUAUUGGCAUGAUUACUCCAAUACCAGAGAAGAUGUAUAAACGAAUGCAAUUAUUGCACGUUCAAAUGGUGAACGGAAUACAACAUCCUGCGGCCAUUAAUCCUGCAAAAGGGAUACUGGAUGGUGAUUUACUAAUGCAAUUUCCAAACCUGGCUCUACAUAGACAACGUGAAAUGACUAAGCAAAUUGGAACAACGAUAGAAAGAAUUAUGGAUGAUUUAUUGGUGGUUCAAGAAUCUUGUGAUUAUUUUUGA